AUGAAUCGUAAGUAUACAAUGUCAUUCAAUAAGGAUUACCUUCAUCGUGCCUCUUGUGUCGCACGUGCUAUUCUAGAUCCCCCUCAAGUGAGUCUUAAACUUGGCACAAACCUCAAAGUAUCAAAUAUUCAGGAAGGUAAAGACGUGUACUUCGAGUGCAGUGUUCGUGCUAACCCUUGGAUUCACGAGCUAGGCUGGCAGUUUGAAGAACAAGAUCUCUCUACAAACACGUCAGCGGGUGUCAUCAUUAGCAACCAAUCCCUGGUGCUCCAGAAAGUUCGGAAGGGGUUCAGGGGAAAGUUCACGUGCUCUGGAAGUAACAGCCAAGGCAUAGGAAUAAGUAACGAGAUAUUCCUCAAGGUCAAGUAUGCUCCCUUUUGUAAACCUGGACAAAAAUCCGUUUAUGGUGUAGCCAAGCACGAGCCUGUCGACGUGUCGUGCGAACUCGAGGCCGAUCCUGAUGACGUCACAGUCCACUGGCUUUUUAACAGUUCUUACAAGAGAUCCGACAAAGUGUCGUUUUCCGCUGAUCGCACGCGGAGCGAAGCCACUUACACUCCGGAGUCGGAUGAAGAUUAUGGAAAACUGUUGUGUUGGGGAGCGAAUGACAUCGGAAUCCAAAGUAAUCCUUGCGUUUUCACAAUAGUUCCAGCAGGUCCUCCGGAUCCUCUUCGUAAUUGCUCCUUACUGAAUAAGACAGAAGAAUUAGUGUCCCUGCAAUGCCUUGAGGGAUAUAACGGAGGAAUGUUGCAACAGUUUGUACUGGAAGUUUACUCAGCAGAGGGCAACACUCUCCAAGCCAACAUCUCUUCCCAAGCUCCUUCAUUUCUCGUGGACGAACUUCCGUCGGGUACUGCUCUGAGGCUAGUCAUAUAUGCUACGAACCCGAAAGGUCGAAGUUCACCCGUGGUUAUGUCAGCCUCUACAUUAAGACCCGCUGAAAAAUUAACGAGAAAAGGUUUGGGCCAUAUUUCUAUCAUUUAAACAAUGCUGUUCUCACGUGCAUCAAUGCUAAAUCUAAUAUAACAAUUCAUUAAUAAGAUU